AUAAAUAAUUAAUUAUUUCACAAGAUGGCGGAUAUUGAGACGAUAGACACUGUCCAAAGCACGGAAAAUGACGUUCAUCAGAGGCCUAAGACAUCCAAAUCAAUAAUUCUUGAAGAGAGAGAUGAAGAGGAGAAAGUCAGUAAAAAACCAGGAAACACAGCCUUCAAGCAGCAGAGGUUACCAGCAUGGCAACCUAUCUUGACAGCAGGAACGGUCCUUCCAAUGUUCUUUCUAGUUGGUAUUGUCUUUGUGCCUCUUGGAGUUGGUUUCCUGGUUACUUCUAACAAUGUUCAGGAGGUGAUCCUGGACUACACGAGAGCAUGUACGUACUUGAAUGAAACCAAUGGAACAAACACAUGUAUUGACUUCUACACCUACCCUGAGAAUGAAAAUAGUUCUUGCACCUGCACCAUGAAGUUUGAGCUGAAUACUAAGAUAGAGGGCCCCAUCUACAUGUACUAUCGAUUGACCAACUACUAUCAGAACCAUCGUCGCUAUGUAAAUUCUCGUGAUGACAUCCAGCUCUUGGGUAAGAACCCCCUCAGUGCGAGCAGUGAUUGCAGUCCGUAUGACCAGGAGCUGCGAAUAUACUCCAAUACAUCACAGGAGAGGAUCACGUAUGCUCCUUGUGGAGCAAUAGCAAACAGUCUCUUUAAUGAUACCUUCAACAUAACCUUUGAUGAUGAUGGUGAGCUUCCUAGUGGUAAGGAGGUCAUGCUUGAUAGAACCAAUAUUGCCUGGUCCAGCGACCGUAGGACUAAGUUUAGGAAUCCUCCAGGAGCAUCACUUGAAGAAGCAUUCAACGGAACAACUAAACCACCUAACUGGCAAAAGUACAUAUGGGAAAUGCAAGAUGGCUACCAGAAUGAGGACUUUAUAGUCUGGAUGCGUACCGCUGCAUUCCCCACCUUCCGCAAGCUUUACGGUCGUGUUGUCGACCAGCCAAACACAAGGCUAGAUAAUGGUUUGCCUGUUGGCAACUACACCCUUACAGUCCAAUAUAACUACUUGGUUCACAUGUUUGAUGGUACAAAAAGCAUUGUUCUGACCACAACCUCUUGGUUGGGGGGCAAGAACAACUUCUUAGGAAUAGCAUACAUCGUUACCGGAUCUAUCUGCAUCGUCUUUGGUGCCAUAUUUCUCAUCGUUCAUAUCAAGCACGGCAAAAAACUGGCUGUACCACCUGGACAGAAGCGAAAAUUUGAAUCCUUGUAAUUCAACCUUCGAUUACAAUUCCACUAAAUACAAAAAGAUGUGGAACAACCUGGAAAGUACCACAGAAGUGAUAGGAUGAUGACCAUGACUCCUCUUCCUCUUUUUUUUUCAUUCUUCACUCGAUCAUUCCAUCUUGGGCAUCAAAGGAAGUGUACACCACUUUUUCCUGCAUCCUUAUAUAACACCGGUGAUUCAAUCACCAUUAUCUCACUCUGCUACCAAGACACAAGACAGGUAUUGGUGGUACAGUGUUUAUAAUUUGAUUUAACACAACACCAUUGAUUACAUUUAUAUCCCCUAGGGUGUACAGUGUAAACUGUGAUUCCCAGACUGCUACCUAGGCAGAAGACGCCAAAGGUUUUAUCAUGCAAGGUGUAUCUUGUAACUGUUACAACACCAUCACUGUCCUAUCUCGCUCUCUUAGUCACGCACUAGAAGUUAAGGUUAAACCCUGUUAAGUUUAUGGUGUGAAUCAUAUGAAAUGCUUAACACUCGAUUCUAGCAUCAUUGCCCACUUAUAUUACACCAAAGGUUACUUCUCAGAAAUAUCAGUCUUCAGGAUUUUAUACAAUUUAGAUCGACAACUUUCCCUAUCAGGCCCUUGUAAGCACGGUAUUGGUAGGUGCCGGAACAUGAUUUGGCUACAGUCUUUUCUGGCCCAUGGUGUAAAACUGACUGGCAUCCCUGA